CAAAGUUGCUGGCAGGUGUUUUAUCGCAGACGGACCGGAAGUACUGCUAGGUUAUCUAACCCGACGUGCGGCUCUCUAUAUUCCAAGUACAAACCCAAACUAAGGCUUCCCUCCAAGCUGUCUGCAAAAUAUUGAGAACAUGUUGAGAAGGGCUUCAGCACAGGUCUUCAGACAGCUGGUGAGGAACAACACCACCGAGUCCAGCCUCAUCCUGGAGAGAUCAAUAAACCGCGUGCAGCUGCUGGGCCGAGUGGGUCAGGACCCUGUGAUGAGACAAGUGGAGGGUCGCAACCCCGUCACCAUCUUCUCCAUGGCAACCAACGAAAUGUGGCGAACAGGAGAUGCCGAGACCAGUGCAUCAGGUGACAUCAGCCAAAAGACCACUUGGCAUCGCGUGUCUGUGUUCAAACCUGGUUUGAGGGACGUGGCCUACCAAUAUGUCAAGAAAGGGGCCAGGGUUCUAGUGGAAGGCAAGUUGGACUAUGGCGAGUAUGUGGACAAGAACCAAGUGAGACGUCAGGCUACGACCAUCAUUGCAGACAACAUAAUCUUCCUGAGCGACAAUGUUCGAGACAGAGUCUGAAGGCCUCGGACACACUUUCUUUUUUCUACUUUGUGUUUGUACCAAAAAAGACUGAGGACCGGGACACCACUGGGACCGUUUUUGGAAAGAUUUGAAGCGUCACUCGAGCGCCCUUUGACUGUAGCGCCUCCACCUGGUGGGAAAAGUCACAGUCCGUUACUUUGUGUAGUACAUGUACAUGUACAGUAAUACAAAUGUGUAGUACAUGUACUACGAAUGUAUACUUCUU